GCUCAGUGCUUCCUGCAGCAACACGACUUGGUGGACCUUCUGAGCUUUAGACUCGUCUCUCUGGGUUCGGACAGAGUCGUCAUGGUGACCACUGAGACCCAACAAAGCCAGGACCUCCUGGUACCCCCUCAGAACCACGACCAGCAGGACCUGCAGGACCAGCGGGAGGAGGACCAGGUGUCUCUGUGCCGUGACCCCGAGGCCACGAGCCCGGGUCCCGUCAACGCCAUCACAGUCCUCACGCUGCUGGACAAGCUGGUCCACAUGCUGGACGCCGUGCAGGACAACCAGAACAAGAUGGAGGUGCAUCAGGUGGAGAUGGAAGGCGUGGUCAGAGGGAUCCAGGCGGACAUGACCAAACUGUCCAAGAGCCACAGCCACACCUCCAACACCGUCAGCAAGCUGCUGGACAAGAGCCGCAAGCUGUCCGUCACCAUGAAGGAGGUCCGUGAUAAGAUGGAGCGUCAGGGCGUCCAGGUGAAGAAGCUGGAGGCCAACCACGCUCACCUGGUCAGCAGGAACAACUUCAAGGUUCUCAUCUUCCAGGAGGAGAACGAGAUCCCCUCCAGUGUUUACGUCAAGGAUCCGCCUCCAUUCCCUCGGGAGGAGAUUUUGGAAGAAGCGGAUGAAUCGGUGGCCGGCGUCAAUGAUGGCAACCGCUCCCAGGAGGAGGGGCUUCACACCAUCGACCUGUCAUCUGACGAGGACGUUGGUCUGGAGGCGGAGCUAGAGGAAGAAGAGGUGUGGCCUCGUGAUCUGGAGAAUAUGGAGAAGUCCAGAGCCGAGAAACUGAAACAAUCCAGUCUGAAGAAGGUCGACAGUCUGAAGAAGGCGUUCUCCAGGCAGAACAUCGAGAAGAAGAUGACGAAGAUUGGAACAAAGAUUGUUUCUCAGGAACAACGAGAGAAGAUCAAAAAGAAAACCUCCAGCCUGAAGGUUUCACCUCUGACCUUCGGCAUCAGGAAGCCUCGCAGCAGCUCAGGCUCUCAGCCCCCCGACGCCGCUCUGCAGGGGGAGGAGUCGGUCCAGGAGGAGGAGGUGCCCUUCACAGAGGUCCACGCCCAGCUGGCUCCGGACGAGCAGGGGAGGAAGGAGGAGGAGGAGGAGAAAGAGGAGGAGAAGGAGGAAGAUAAAGAGGAGGAGGAGAAGGUGGGGGAGGAGGAGAAGGAGAAGGAGGAAGAGAAAGAGGAGGAGCAGGAGACGGUGGAUCUGUCAGUGGUGUCAGAGGGAGUCGGUGAGGAGUACGCUCUGUCCUCCACGCUGCCUCAGGAGCAGAAAGAGGAGGAGCCAUAAACCACCAGAUGUUCCUUCUGCGUUGUCAUGUUCACGAUACUAACAUCAGCUCAUCAGUACCAGCACCCUCCUCUAGUGGACCUCCCCCUGAGGUUCUGCGAGUCCACAUUCACUAAAGGUUCCUCACUGAACUUCUCCCACGCUUCACCAGAGUAGAACGCUCGGCUUUGUUCCUCCAGGGUUCCUCAAACAUUCCCCAAAGAUCUCCCUCGGUUCUUUUAAAGUGUCUCUAUUGUUCCAAGGAAGUUCCACCAGGGUUCCUCCAAGGUUCCCCUUAGACCCCCAGAGACUCUUCCAAGGUUUCUAAGGUUCCUCUAACAUUCCACGUGGGCUCUGAGGUUCCUUCAAGGUUCUCUGUCGGCUUUUUCUGAAGGUUCUUCUCAAGUUCCCCAACGUUCUCCUCAGUGCGUGUGGACAUCUACUCUGAAUAAUAACCGGCCUGUUGGUCAUUAAUCUGCUUAUUAACGACACUAAAGUACUAAAGUAUUAAAGUAUUAAUACCUGGACCAGAAGCACUGACCAGCUUCACACUCCUUGUGUCGAUAUAUGUGUGUAUAUAUAUAUACAUAUAUAUACACAUAUAUAUAGAUAUAUAUACAUAUAUAGAUAUACAUAUAUAGGAAAAAUAUGUAUAUAUAUAUAUUCAAUUCAAUUCAAUUCAGUUUAUUAGUAGAGCCCAAUUUCACAAAUUACUAAUUUGUCUCGGAGUGUUUUACAAUCUGUACACAUAGACAUCCCUGACCUUUGACCUCACAUCGGAUCAGGAACAACUCCCAAAUAACCCUUCAGGGGGAUAAAUAUAUAUAUAUAUACAUAUAUAGGAAAAAUAUGUUUAUAUAUAUAUACACAUAUAUAGGAAAAACAUGUGUAUAUAUAUAUAUACAUAUUUUUCCUGAGUUUUUAACUAAAUAUAUACAGAGUUAAAUACUCUUUUUUAUACACGGUGUUAAAAGCAGAAUGAUGUUUGUUGUCUUUGUUGUUUUUUACACAUAGAAACUGUCUGACUGUCAGUCACCCACCAGGUGUGUCUGACUUGUCUGAGAAUCACCUGAACCAUAUAAUCAAUAAAAUCUGUGUAACCAUA